AUGGAUUAUAUCCCACCAUAUAUCUCUUUCGUACCUUCAAAAUCUAAAAUGGAUUAUAUCCCACCAAAUAUCUCUUUCGUACCGUCUAAAUCCCCGUUUCUCUCAGCAAACCAUUUUUUAAAAAACAAAAGAGAUGGCGGCCAGCAGAGUAAAGCGCCAAACAAGUUCCUUGUAUAUCGAGCAUGUAUUGCGGCAGAAUUAAGUGCUCGAAAGAUUAAGAUUGGCGACGCCUCUGAAAUAUCUCGCUUUGCUGGUUAUCACUGGAAAAUGCUGUCUGAACAACAUAAAGAAGCCUACAAAAAAAUUUCAUUAGAAGUGAAACGGUUAUAUUUGAUUCGAAUUCCUAAUACUCAGUUCGAAGAAUAUAAUCAAAACAUGUCUAAUCCUCAAGGGUAUUAUCAAGAAAUGUUUAACUUUCAAGGAUAUCAUCGAAACGAGUCCUAUCAAAAUCUUAGUCAUCAAGAAUAA